GGCGCCAUCUAGCGAUACGGAAGAAUAAAAAUAAAUGCUCCAUCAUGUCGACGGAAAUGCUACUCCUCUAUGGACUUUUCUGUCUCAUAGUGGCAAUCCUGCUGACUGUGCUAGGAUUCUUAGUUUAUUCCGGACUGUUUGCAGACAUUGUAGUUGGUGCAGGACCCCCUCCAGUCGGGAAGCUGUACGUGGCCUAUAAAUUUGGGAAAGGAUCGUACAAAGACGCAGGGUACCUGUUCACCGAGGCAGUCAGUAUCGUGGCUGAUCUGCGCUGUAUAGGGGUUUAUUAUGACGACCCAGAUGAGGUAGGAUUGGGAGAGCAGAGGUAUGUGGUGGGCAGUAUUCUGGCAGAAGGGGACAAGGAGCCGGACCCAGCACAGAAAGAAGAAUAUCAGAGACGUGGCUAUAAGUUCCAUACUUUUCCUGCUGUCACAAAUGUGGUCAAGACAAAAUUUCCUUAUAAUACAGCCAUAUCUAUACUUGUAGCUAUAAAAAGGGUGUACCCAGUCUUGGGGCAGUAUGUAAAGGAGAAAAGGCUGUGUGCCCAUCCUUUUGUGGAGAUAUAUGACGGCUUCACUAUUCACUUCAUGGCCCCUCUUGCCAAACAGGAUGAAUUUUACGUCCCCGAGGCCCACGGCCACACCCAUCAGGAGGGCCCUGCCCAUCUCAAAGACUCACCAAAACACAAGAAAACCGCCGACCAAAGAGAAGACGAAAGCCAGCCAGUUAAAGUGCGCAGAAGUAAGAGGAGUGGAUCACCUUCAAGAUCACUUGAUAAAACUCCGGAGCUGUCCACCAAUGAGGAAGAUUCAGGAAUCACUUCAGCCAACAUCAGCGGCACCAGUGCAGGUGGAGAUUCCGCAGAGGCCGAGCAGAGCUGUAACCUCGACUCCACCGGGGGAACGAGUUUUAUCUCAGACGUCACGACGUGUACGGAGGAGGAUUCUGUUGUGUCUGGAACAGUGACUGGGGACUCCUCGGCUGAGAGCACGUCCUCGUUUGAAGAAGUCAGCAAAGAUGAUAUUUAGAUUUAAAGUGGCUGGUGAUUACAAUGUUAAGUUAACUGGUCAUAAUAUUUAUGUUAUAUAAAUAUGUGUAUGUACAUGUGUGGGUGUCUGGUUAAAACUUUGACAUAUUAAUGGCAUAUACUGUGGUACAUGUAUUAUGUUUUGUGUAACUUUAUCCUAGAUUGUGUUGUAGUCAUAAAAGAGGAAUUAUAAAAGAGGUCACUCUUAAAUUGACUUAAUUUAGAACCGCAUGUGUAUAAACUCCAUACCAACAUACCCUCUACCAGGGCCACAGAUUGAUUUUUUGCUAGAUUUUCACGUAUAUGUCUCUGGCUAAUUCAUGGCACAUAUCUCCACUGUGAGUUGAAGAAAGGUGCACAUUAUUAAUCUGUGACCCUGGUAGACAUUACCAAUAAGCUGCCAGGGGAGAUCUGAUUAUCUGGUGAGAUUACAAGGUAUAUUAUACCUGAGAAAACCAACCUUAAACCUAACAUGGACUUAUAAGUUAUUGUCACAGUACUUAAUUGCUUAAUCAGUGAUUUAGUAGUUGGAGGCAGAUUGAGGUUGCUUUAUUUUUGUUUUGAGGGUGGGGUUACUUAGUCCUAAAAAUCAGGUUAUCAAGACUACAUACUACUUAGAUUUGGUUUAAACAAGCUAAGAUCUGAUAUUAGACAGCUACUUACAAGUAAGAAAGUCAGCUAUCUGUAUCCCUGUGGUCAGGGGUUUCCCCAGGAUUUGAGGAACAGGGAGUCCAAAAUGUGAAUCUGUAAUUUGGUCAUUGAUUUACUGGUCCAACCCAAGCCAGCCCAACCAACAUACCCAAAAAUUGUCUACACUGUACAGUUGUCCUUGAGAGUAAAGGCCAUCGUUUGAGGCCAGUGUCCAUCCAAAUGACGACUGGAUGGCGCUCUGGGGAAAUCCUUGCCUGUAUUAUAUGUUUAUUCUCAGGAGAGGCGGACUGUCUCCUCAGCCUGCUGACAUUGCCCUGUCAAACAGUUCUUUAACUACUGCUGCAUUCCUUUCAUUUAUUUAACAUGUCACUGAUUAACAUGUCAGCAUUGAUAUCUUGUGUAUCAACUAAAAUUGAAUGAAAUUUUAUUUAAAAUGUUAUAGGACUUUAAUUGUCUUUUUUUUUUCUCAUCAUGACAGUGAUUGUUCUAGCGGGUGCUAUUGAAAAGGUUCACAAUAAAUGUUAUAUCAGUGUGA